UUUCUGACCAGAGAACUCGACACAACUUCACCGGAUAAGAGCCGGCGGAAAGGUACAUGUACAUGGGAUGUAAACACAGUUUUAGCCAAAAUGUCGCUGAUUGUUCACGACACGAUAUCGCUGACAACUUCAAGCGGAGUAAGCAGUAUUCAGUUGUGUAUCGGAGACAUCACGAAGCUGUCGAAGGAAGAACAAGUCGAUGUUUUGGUUGUCUCCGCGUUCCCAGGUGACUACUCCCCCACACCUAGUUCUCUAAUAGGAGCUCUUUCCAUCAAUCUUGGCAUCAGUGUGCGUAAUCUCUCUCAGGACAAGGAAGAAGACCUUCGUAAACAGUAUUUCUGUUGGUGGUCCAAACCACUUCAUGAACGGCACAGUUUCAGAAGGAUCCUCUGUUUUGAGGGGGGAUUUGGCAGCCGUGGAAGCUCACCACCAAAAGUAGUGGGGGCUGUGUUUAGAUGUCUCAUACCAAUUCUUAGUGGGAAGGAUUCCAAGGGUGGGUCAGUGAUAAUGCCUCUCCUUGCAUCUGGGGAUCAGGUAUUUUAACUCAGCUCCUUCUGGAGUAGUUUUGAUUUGUAGAGGAAAGAUUUUUGACCCACAGUGUAUCAAGCUAAUAUUGCAGAUUCCUUGUAUGAAAGUAGGAAAUCGUUACCUGUGAUUGUGCUUCCUGCUCUUCUCUCAAUCUCUCUUAACUUUAACCUCAGUAUGCAUAUUCUCUAUACUGUUCUCCAUACAUUUCUCAUCA